AUGUAUCAACAUAAAGUCCCGUUUGUUAUAAUGAUGUUUACUAUAUAUAGUACAUCAAAUGCUGCUCCGUUAGAUUCAUGGGAGGAAUCCAGUUCACAAAAUCCUGAAGAGUUCGGGGAGUACUAUGAAGGUGAUAUCUUCAUGCCACACGGUGGAAGAAAUGGAAUAGUUGGAGAAGCCUUACGAUGGAACAAUGGAGUAAUUCCUUUUGAAAUAUCGGGAUACUAUAAUUCUAAGGAUUUGAAUCUCAUAAAAACAGCCAUGGAUAUUUAUCAUAAAUAUACUUGUAUAAGCUUUAGACCUAAAACUAAAACGGACAAAGACUACAUUGUAAUAACGAAUCACCAGUCAGGCUGUUGGUCUAGUGUCGGAAAACAAGGAGGUGUUCAGGAAGUUAACCUUGAAAGUCCUCAGUGUACUACUAAAAUUGGAACGUCUUUGCACGAACUUAUGCACGCCGUUGGAUUUUUGCAUGAACAAAACCGACAUGAAAGGGAUGAUUUUGUAACAAUUAACUGGAAUAAUAUUAAGAAAGGAAGGGAAAAGAAUUUUAAUAAAGCAGAACAAAAUAGCGCUGAAGACUUUGGAGUACCGUACGAUUUUAUAUCUGUAAUGCAUUAUUCCAGUACCGCUUUUUCGGCUAAUGGCAAACGUACCAUUAACCCUAAGGAUAACAAAAAAGUGGAAAAGAUGGGACAACGGGAGGGUUUCAGUAAAGGUGAUAUUAUAAAGAUAAAUACCAUGUAUAACUGUCCUGAAAAAACUCAGAAACUAAACAUAACGGGAGAUAUUACGACUGAUGGAAUUACUAAUAACGAAAGUAGUGCUUCGGAUCUAGAUCCUUUUUUACAAGCUGCCAAUAGUUUAUUCUCGAUAUUUUCAAGAAGAAGAUUGUAUUAA